AAGUGGUUAGCGAAAUUAAGUGCCGUCAUUCCGGGCAAAUGUAAGAUAUAUAAGUCCUUUUACAUGACGUCUGGUUUGAAGAAUAUACUGUGUCGACCUUCUUGCCAAUGGCUGCAUUGUGGACAAAAAUCUCUGCUGUGUUGCCUCACACUGAGGCUGAGUUCACGCUGCAGUUCAGUGAUAGAGUGGACUUGAGUGUGAUGCACGUGCUGAAACAGUCUCGGCACCAACUUUACAGUGACACCGCAGGCGCCUGCCGAUUACUUAACGCUCAGAUCAUCUUGGAUAUUUCAUGGGAGAAACUCAACACAGGAACGUGGCGCCACGUGGACAAAGAGUGGAGACGAGUUUAUUCUUACGGCUGCCUGUUCAAAGCGGCGGCCCUGUGUCGCGAGGAUUCUUCCACAGACACUGUCCUUCAAGCCAUCAGGACUUGCGACAUGGGCUUACUCAUGGGUACAGCCAUCAUGGAUAACAUCCUGCAAGUCCUGGUCGGGAUUCUGCAGGGUGAAGUCAGGAAAUCCACUCAGGAAGAGGAAGAGCGUCCACAGAUCAAGAAAAUAAAAAUGGACUGCCCAAGUGUUCCUGCAAUCAAAGAGCAUGCAACAGUUUUCAGGAUCAAAUGUCCAUCACUAGAGAGCUUCAAGAAGAACUAUUUACUUCCUGUCAAACCAGUUAUUUUGGAAGGGAUCAUAGACCACUGGCCUGCCCUGAAGGAGCAUCACUGGAGCAUAGAGUACUUGCAAUCCGUUGCUGGUUUUCGGACUGUACCUGUUGAGGUGGGAUCCAGGUAUACGGAUGAGAAAUGGUCUCAGACACUGCUUACUGUUAAUGAAUUUAUUGAUCGUCAUAUUCUGUCAAAAGAUGAAGAGAAACCAUUGGGUUAUCUUGCUCAACACCAGCUUUUUGAUCAGAUACCAGAGUUGAAGGAAGACAUCAGGAUCCCUGAUUACUGCUGUCUUGGUGAGGAAGACGAUGACAACAUUACCAUUAACGCCUGGUUCGGACCUGGAGGAACAGUGUCUCCUCUUCACCAAGACCCUCAACACAACUUCCUGGCACAGGUAGUGGGAAGCAAAUACAUCCGCCUAUAUUCUCCGGAGGACACAGACAAGCUCUACCCUCAUAAAUCUCAGCUGCUUCAUAACACCAGCCAGGUGGAGGUGGAGAAUCCAGAUCAGGAGCAGUUCCCGGAGUUUGCCAAAGCUCCGUAUCUGGAAUGCGUGCUGCAGCCCGGGGAUGUGCUGUUUAUCCCCGUACAACACUGGCACUAUGUACGAUCCUUAGAACUCAGCUUCUCUGUCAGCUUCUGGUGGUCCUGAUUGCAGGUCGAUAAGAAAAAAAAUUGUCUUCGUAAGAAUAUAAUUCAGUUCAUUUUCUGCCUGUUUUCAGCUGAUGGUUAAUAUUUGCUUUUUUGGGGGGAAAAAAAAAGAAUAAAACCAAUCACUCCUCUGUUGGAGUUCUUAGCUAAUGUAAGACUAAUUCUCAAACGCGAGGACAACCGCUGAUCACACAAACCUCUGAUCUGUGAACAAUGAACACACACUGCUGAGUGAUUAGUACAAUUGCUCUGCUCGUGAUUGCAACAGCAUCUAUUGUGUGGAAAG